CAUCGGAGACGCAAUGUAGGAAGUAAAUUCCACAGCUUACCGUUCUCGUUGGACAGCUUAAACUUAACGUUAUAUUACACGCCCGCUUGUAUGUGUUGUGUCUUUUCUCCCGUUGUUUCGGAGUAUUUUUUGACUUAAAUAACCAACCCGAGCUGCUGUUACGGACACGCCAACACCACGGUCCCUGAAAAGGGUUUAACAGUCGAUGAGCCGCAGUAGGAACCCCCCUCCCCGGGGUCAAGGGGCAGCGCGAGCCAAACAGAUGGGGCUGCUCCUGGACCUGUCCCCGGAUGGAGGGAUGGAUGAUGAGGGAAACGAUGAAGAGCUGGAGGCAGAGCUUCUGAAUCUGAUGGGAGGAGGUGGAGGGAGGUCACAAGGGAAGAAAGGUGACGGCAAAGCUCCUGUUGCCAUGGCGGAUAUAGAGAAAAUGGCUGCACUUUGUAUGAAAGACCUGGAUGAUGAGGAAAUGUUAGAUGAAGAUCUGGAUGAUGAUGAAGAUCUGCUGGCAGAACUGAAUGAGGUUUUAGAGGAUGAUGAGGAACAACCUUCUGCUCCCACCCCUCCUGCCUUCACCCCGACUGCUCCCAAAGCGAGCAUCACAUCCCACUCUGCUCCUCCUGCUGCUCCCGGUGGUGCAACUGGGUUGGAGUCUCUCAUACUGGAGCGCAUUGAAAUGUAUAAAACAGCCAUUUCCAAUGCUAAGGCUGCAGGGGAGACGAGCAAAGUUCGAAGAUAUGACCGUGGGUCAAAGACACUGCAGUCCAUGUUGACGUCUGUCAGGAAAGGAAAACCAGUCAACGAGGAGGAGAUUCCGCCUCCAGUUGCUCUCGGUGGAAAGGCCAACGUCACAGACGAGUCUGAAUUGAUCAAGGAACGAGAACUGCCAGGGCCCACGCUGAUGCCCUCUCCUCCCACAAACCAGAAACCUCUAAGGGAGGCUGCGCCAACAACUCCUAAUGUGAAGCCACUCCAUCUGACCGUGCCCCAAAAGCAUGCUGUCGCUUUCACCCCGGAAACACCUGCAAUCUCUCCCCUCACCCCUGGCCAGCCUGAUGCAAAGCACUCAGAGCUGAAGCAGGCAGUUUUGUCCAGACAGAGGGAGUAUAAGAUUGCUGCCAUACACGCCAAACAGAACUUCCACAUAGACCAGGCGAAACAGCAAUACCUCACUGCCAAGAAGCUGGACUUGCUGGUGGAGGCACUGGACAGAGGAGAACCAGUCGACCUGAGCUCACUACCUCCUCCUCCUGGAGACGUAGUAGCAGAACACUGUGCACCUCCUCCUCAGUCUUCCUCUAAACCGGCUACCCCUACUGCACCUGCACCUGCACCUGUACCUGCACCUGCUGCCGAUCUGCCUUCUCCCAGCAGUUUGGCAGAAGCCCUGCAGCAGAGGAUGGACAUAUACAAGUCAGCAGCAGAGGGAGCCAAGAGCAAAGGAGAUGAUCGGAAGGCUCGAAUGCACCAGCGCAUUGUCAAGCAAUACCAGGAUGCCAUCAGAGCUCACAAAGCUGGACGACCUAUCACCUUGUCUGACCUACCUGUGCCGCCAGGCUGUCCUCCACUUCAGGGCUCAGAGGGGGGUCAGCAGAACUUCAUGGGUGUCCUGGAAACGGCUAUGAAAAUAGCUAAUCAGGAUGCAGACUCAGAAGAUGAAGAAGAGGAUGAACCAAGAGAGGCUGCCAAGCAGCCUGCAGUGUGUCCACUUGCCCAGAAAGCAAAGUCUCCAGCUCCUCAGGCCCCUGGAGGCCCCUCAGUUUCAAAACUGGGAGCUAAAGCCCAGCAGCAAUUGGAUUUCCUGUUGCUAAGGCGACAGGCUUUUAUGCGUGCAGCACUGCGCUCCAAACAGAUGAAGGACAUGACUGGAGCAGCGCAGCACCUCAGACAUGCCAAGGGACUGGACCCCAUGGUCACUGCUGCCAAGUCUGGCCUCCCUGUUGAUAUCAGCAAGAUUCCCAGUGCUCCAGUCAGUGAAGAGGAGUACUCCUUGGCUCGCUCCCGCACCUCCCCUCUCUCCCCUCGCUCCAGUGAACAGUAUCACGGCCUCAUGGAUCUUUUGCGGAAGCAGCAUGAGAAAUGUUUGGGAUACUCUCAACAGCUCACUCUCAUGGGCAAUGUGGCUGAGGCACUGAAGUUUGAGAAGCUCGUCGAGGAGGGUCUGAAGAACAUCGACAUACUGAAGAAGGCCCACGCCAAGGGCCAGCCAGUCCCCAAGUGCCGCACAGAGGAGAGGACCCUGAACACCGUCAAGAUCCACACCAGCCUGACACCAAAUGACCUGAUACUGUACAUCAACAAAGGCAUCAACCUACCAUGUCCCUCCGGUGUCUCACCCAGCGAGCUGGAUGCCAGUGUGAAGUUUGAGUUUCCAUUUCCCAGUGCGGAGGAGGCUCAGAGGGACAAAACGGGCACGGUAAAGAGCACCAACAACCCCGAGUUUAAAGAGAAUUUCAAACUCAACAUCAACCGAGCCCACCGAGGCUUCAAACGAGUCGUCCAGUCCAAAGGCAUCAAGUUUGAAAUCGUCCACAAGGGAGGCCUGUUUAAGACAGACAAAGUUGUGGGCACUGCUCAGCUGAAGCUAGAGGCCUUAGAAAACCAAUGUGACGUUAGAGAAAUAAUAGAGGUGAUGGAUGGACGAAAAGCUACAGGGGGCAAGUUGGAGGUGAAGGUAAAGAUCAGAGAGCCUUUAACAGGAGUUGAUCUCCAGCCGGUGACGGAGAAGUGGCUGGUUCUCGAUCCGGUGUCCUCCCUUUCUCCUACAGAGAGACAAAAGGAACGUGCUCCAUCUCCUCGGCCUAAACCCAAACAUGAAGCGAGCGGCAGGAGCAGUCAUCCCAACAACUCUCCUCCACAGUACAAACUCCACAGCUUCAGCCUCCUCAACCACGACAGGGAGCGGCUGGAGAGAAAGAUUGCAGAGUAUCGAAAGGCGCAGCAGCAUCCCCCAGCUGACCUCGUCCACCAACACAAAGAGGUCACACACAGACUACAGUGGCAGAAAGCACAGCUGGAGCGAGCCUCCUCUGCUCUACUGACCGAGUAUGAAAAUGUGCUGCGGCGCUCCGUCCAAGGGUAUACUGACUCCGUGAAGAAGCACUCCAGCCAAGGCAACAGGGAUGCUGCCAAGGAUGCACUUGGCAGGUUGAAGAUGGUAGAGAACGAGCUGGAAUCACUGAAAAGGAAACGCACGGGAUGAGAAGACAGUAAGGGAGUGGAGACUUGGCUGAAGUACUGUUAUAUCAUGUCUCUCUAUCUCAUACAUACGAGUACACAAACACUACAUUGGGGACUUUAAGCACCUUUAGCAUGAUUCCAUGCUGCAUGAACCAACUGGAUAACUCUGUCAAUUCUUUGUGGUUAGUCCCCUGCGAAAGUAAUUCAAACAGAAUAGGUAACUACAAAGGGACACAACAAUGAAAAUAAGCAUUACAAUGUGUCAUACAGUAAAGGAGCAGGUUUAUUUGCACUUAAACGCUCGAGAAAGCUGCUUCUGAAGCCUAACAUGCAUUACCUUUUCCCUGUUCAUUUGGUAUUGUAGAAAUGAUCUGUCGGAAGAUUUAUAAGUUUUACAUUUGACACCAGCUCCGAGAGUCAGGUGGUGUCUGUAGAUGCCCCAAAAACAUGUGUUCUGAAGUGUCUUUAACCAAUAGUGAGGAGUUUUUAACCCUUAUUCCCAUAUUUUAUGUGUGUAAUGAGCUUAAUCUAAUCUGUCUGCUCCAGUGUUCCCAGAUUACAGUAAUCUGCUCCGUUUGGAGUGGUGUGAUAUGGGAAUAAAAAAACGGGGCUUCGGGGCGCAGCAGCCUACAUCCCAUAAUGAGGGAUUAGUGUUUGUGUCACCAAGGAGACGACUAGAUCAGACGUAGAGUCGCCUUUGGGGCUGGGGAGAAGGGGUGUUAGCAGCGUGCCAUGAUUGUGGCAGAAGCUUAGCUCUGCAAAAAGAUUUCUUCUUCUUCUUCUUCUUCAUCAGCUGUUUCUUCAUCAGCUUUUUCUUCUUUGUUGUCCUUUUCAUCUUCACUUUCUUCACACUAAUUCCUUUGCAUAUAUUCAAAGAGUAUUUAGAGUCAUGAGUAAUAGGCAGCUCCACUUGGAUUUCCCUUAAACUCUUAAACAAUAUUAAGCCCAUUCUGCUGUCGAUUAUAAAAUAAUUAUCAGCUGAUGUGUCAGCGUGCUGCUAUUUUGCACACAUUUUGGCAUGUGCAGUUUACAAAACCAGAAUCUGUCCCACUGAGCUCUCCAGUAGCAUCCCAGUGGGUGCCGAGUAGUCUACCCAAAGGAAGACAACCCAAUAUGUGGCAGUAAGGCUGGGUAAUUGUUCAUUUCUAUUUCUGUUGCACCAUAGACAUCCCUGUCAUAGGCGUCCUUGUCAUUCCUCACUACUUUACACUCACUGAAGUCAGGGGUACAAAAUUCAGACCAAUCCUGUAAAACUUCAUAAAAUGCGUGAGAAAUGCAGACGCCUUGAAAUUAGUAAUUUUGCCACAACAACUUUUGAUGUACAACAACAUGUAUUCUUUAUUCUGUUUAGUACUCUAGACAGAUGUUUCCUGUGUGUUUGGCUGCUAAACUGACAGCAGUUGACAGCAGAUGCUGGUGAUCCUUAUUGAUUGCAUGCAGCAAGAUGGUAGCAGGUGACUUUAAAUGAGCCUUGCUGUCUGUUUUAUUUUAAUUUGAGAUCUGUUAACAGUAGUGACACAGCAGUGAAUCAUGUGUUUGUCCUAAUCCACCACUGCCUCACCCCAUUAGCAAAUAAUCCUGGUUAAAGUUGACCUGAUAAGGCCUUCCACCGUCUGUGAGGAUUUUUAUGUAACAUCCCUUCCCCCACAUUUUAUUAUUUUUUUAUCUAUCGGGAGAAGAUAUUUUCUGACUCUUUGUAAGUGGUAUGGUGUUUUCGAUCAACUGAUAUUCAUUUGGAUGGACACGGCAGUGGAAGGGCUGAUGACUGCUUAUAUCAACUGUGUGUGUGUGAUUGUGUGUGUGUGUGUGUGUGUGUGUGUGUGAUGCACACAACUUUACCUCCUUAACUACAAGUCAUCAUGUUGCAUUAUUCAGUAUUGCAGUGAAGAUACAUAUUUAUUUGAAAACCUGUGCAUUAACGAUGAAGUUUAAGAUUAUAUAAAUUUGACAAAAAGGAAAGCAGAGUCAAUGGAUUACACAACUCAAGCAAAUGUCAUAGGUCUACUAAUUAGUUUUUCAUACUUGACAGAUAUUAAUGGAAACCGAUGGCUGAUUAUUCAACAUUUGUUAAACACAGCAACAUUUUUUUUUUGUGUGGAAAGGCUCGCUGUGAUGCAAACUAUAUGUGCAUUGAAUGGGUCUAAAACAUGGGAAACCACCAGUUUGGUCCUUUUAACAGAAAUUCACAGUCAUGUAAAGAAUAUGACUACGUAGAUCUGAUAUAACUCUGUGUCGCUUUAACGCCGUUAAACACACUCUCAGAAACCCUUUCUUUAGAUCCAAAACCUUUAACCCCAUGUCACCUGAGACACACACACUGCUGCCACAUCACCCCACUGCUCGAGUAACCUCAUGGCCUCUGAGGCUGUCCUGUUGUCAUGCCAACGGGCUCAUCAGCAUUCAGUGUGGUAGUUCGAUGGUCAGGACCCGGGGAGAGGGACAUAUUGUUAAAGUUUGUCCUGCUGGUGACUCACUCCUCUCACAAGACACCACGCACACACGCACACACUCAUUAGUAUAUAUAUGUGUAAGUGUAUUUGUCUUUCUCCUCUGUUUGAUAUGUCAUCGGGCUGCACGCCAUUUAAAAAAGAGACAUUUUGGUGGAUUGUUUAUCAUUGUUCAUAUUCUGUCAUCUGCUGCAGUAAAUGUAAUCAUCUGGGUGUGGGGGGGGGUGUUCUUCUAUUAAUGCAUUAAGGGCAAUCAAUAUAUUUGUAUACAAUAUACAGCAUAAUAUAAUCUGUCUCUAUUUUUGAAUGCAAGUCAUGGUGAUUUGUGCAGCUCGAACGGGGAAUGUAUGAUGGCCUGAUUGUUAAGGCUUUAUUGUGUUCUGUUUGAGGUCAUUGUUGAAAUGAAUAAAAUGGUAAAACAGCA